AUGUCUCACGAGACUGUCUGGAACUCCCGCCCAAGGACCUACGGAAAGGGCUCGCGCGAGUGCCGCGUCUGCACCCACAAGGCCGGUCUCAUCCGCAAGUACGGCCUCAACAUCUGCCGUCAGUGCUUCAGAGAGAAGGCUGCCGAUAUUGGAUUCGUCAAGCACCGUUAA